UAGUUAUAUACUAUUUAUUAUGAAAUAUAUUUAUCAUAUAAUAUAUAACAUCGCGAUUUUAUCGUGGACUAUUGUCGAAUUUGAAUUUUGGAAAUUAACACUUAACAUACUUGUUUGGAUAGAAACAUAAGGUAAACUCGAAUAACGAAUCAAAGAAUGGGAAAGAUCCUCCACAGCAAAAUCAUGAAGGAACAAUUCAGGAAUCUACACCAUCUGGAUUGUCAGACUUGCACAUGCAAAAUUGGUGAAAUCACAGAAAUGCCAGACUUUGAAAUGCUGAAUAUAUCAGCGGUACUUCAUUAUUGCAAACAUAAAAUAUUAAGACCAUAUUUGAGAUUAUUAGGAGUAAUGGGCUUAAAGCCAGUAAGCAAUGAUGAUUCACAACAGUGCACUUGUUAUUGCAUUUUUGCAAAUCUUCAUACUUGUCAAGUUGCAAUAUUUAUGUGCAUUGGAUAUAUACUACAAUACAUGGCAUGUUUUAGAAGAGACAGAGGUUUUUGUUAUAAAACAAUGCCUUCGAAAUUUCAAUUUGCAUCCAAUUUGAAUAAGGAAGAUUCAGAAGAAAUUACUUGCUUUGGAAAUGUUAUAUUUAGUUAUCUGGUUCCCAGUAUUUUACAUUUAGUUGCAUACAUAUAUACAGUAUAUCUGUUCCGAAUUAAAGAAAACGAACAGUUACAAAAUUUAAUGGAACGAGCAUUUCUUCUAUCUUCUAAUUCUGUAAAUCGUGGAAAUCAAAGGAGACUUGUACGGAUAUUAUGGUUUUUCAUAGCAUUGAGUCUUGUAUGGAUAAUUAUGGCAUUAAUUACAGUAAAUGUGUUAAUGGCUCGAGGAAGCAUUAUAUUUCAAUGGCUAGAACACAUUCCAUAUCAAGUAAAAAUAACAAUGAAAGUACUUUUAAUCGUAUGCACAUUAUGGCAUGAUAUGGUUCAAGGAACAAUUAUAACCAGUUACUGCUUGCAAGGGCAACUUUUACUCGCGCAUCUGUAUUUUCUUCGUGGAAAACUACUUCAUCAUACUUUAGCUCCUAUUGAUUGGAUGAGGGAGAUUAGCGAAUUUAAGAAGUUAUUGAAAUAUUUCAAUAACGAUUUAGGGCCAGCUGUAUGCAUUUACACAAUUGUAAAUUUAUCAUGGGCAGCCGCAGGUACAAUUUGGUUACUCCGAUAUGAUAACAGCGACAUGCAAACUAAUUCUGUCACGUGGAUUGAAAUAACAAACGUAGUUCUUUGGAUUCUGAUAUCGAUAGUCCCUUUUAUUCAAGCAGCACGUUUAACAACUGCUUGUUCUAUGAUUCAAAGUAUCGGACACGAAGUGCGCAUUCGACCAUUUGUUUAUCAAAGUACACCUGGUGAAGAUCUUGAUACUAUACUUCUAUACACAUCAUCCUUGGAAAUGUGUGCACGACUCUUUAGGGUACCAAUUACGGGUAGAUACCUUUGUUUAUUUCUUACCAUAGGGAGUAUCUUGAUCCUUACACUAGGACAAUGUCAGUUCUUCUAAUCAUUUCCUACACUUUGAUAAAUAGAUUACAGAUAUUUAUGUAAAUUCAUAUUUUUAUAAAUAUGAAUUAAGAAAUGGAACAUAGGUAGAUAAUAAUAGUUUAAUUUACUAAAUAUUAUAACAAGUACUUUAUUUUGGAUAUUCCAUAUAUUUUUACAUAUCAUGCACAUUCUGUAGUUAUAUGUUUUCAAAUUCUCUAUAAAUGUAUAAAAAUCAGUGGUUUACUGAUAAAUUCAAUCAUACAAAAUAUCCUUUUUGUAUAUUUUUCAUUCUAUACUUAUAAUUAAUACUAACAGGUCUUAAUUCAGAGUAAUGUUUACAUGUUUUGCAAAACAAGAUUGUUUUAUUCAAUUCAAUUUGCAAAUUUACGAUAAUUGUAUAAUUUUACAAUGAUUUUAUGAUUUUCUAUGUAAUAAUUUGUGUAAAUGUGUAAUUUUACAAUAAUUCGAUUUGUAACAAUAUCCUAUAGAGAUGAUUUUUGAGAGUUAAAACUUUAGUUUAAUUCCUGAAUAAUUGAAGAAUUCGCCUUAUAGAUCAAGAAAUUUCUUUAUUGGCCAUCAAUUGGACGACUUUUUAAAUUGGCUUAUAACUUAAAAUCCAGGAAAAGUAUUUAGGUAAAACUAAUCUUAAUUAAUUCCUUACGUUCUAAAUUUUCAUUCGAGCCCUUAAAAGUUAAAAAAUUUUACGUAGUAGUCGAAAAAUUUGGAUUUUUUCAUUCACCUGUCGUUUGAGUAUAUAAUUAAAUAUUAUAUAUAUAUAUAUAUAUAUCGUUCUUUUCUACUUCACGCUUUUACGUUCUACAAGGAUAUGAAAAAUAAAUACAUGUGUAAUUUUAUUUUAAAAAAAUGGUGAUGAUCUUGAAAUUUCGUAAAAAAAAAAAUGGCUAUGAAGAAAAACUAUUUUUACUGUUGCAUGUGGCCCUUGAAAUAAUGUAACUUUGUUCUAAGAAGUCUUUUUAUACAACAAUAACCAAAUCAGAUUAUUUAGAUGAUCUCAUUUAGUUGGACCAAUCUGCACGUAAUAUCACUAUACUAUAAAAAAAUCAGUAUUAAUAAAAACAAACACAUAACUUCUUUAUCCUACAUUUUCCUAACUAGUUUAGUUGUGAAUUAUACAGUUAUAAAUAGUCAUUCGAGAGAAUUUUACUUUUUCAUCAUAGAAAACCGCUAUUGAUAAUAAAAAAUUAGAGUAAAAAAGAGACGUUCAUAUUUAAUUAUCCUUUCUUUAACACUUGUAUGAUUUACGUAUAAGAGUAAGGGUACGCAUACAUAUGUAUAUAUGAAAGAGAAUGCAAGUUAUAUGAUGCAGGCUGUAUAUGUAUAUGUCAUGUUAUGUUUUUAUGUAUCUAAGCAUUUAUAGAAUAUUUUCGAUGAAUUAGAAGUGAAUUUUACUAUUGGAAAAAUAAAUAUUUUUGGACAUGGCAAA